AUGUCUUCGCAUCAACGAGUAGCAAAGACGCCUCGCGCCAGCGCGACCAGCUACGGCCAGGUCAUCGAGUACAUACAAGACAGACUUUACCUUGCUUCGUACACGCACACACCAGAUGCGAACACGCCCUUCCCUUACCCCAAGCAGAGCGCGUCGCCAUCGAAGCGCUCGUCGCGCGCGCAGGCAGGCCCUACUGUCGCUGGCGCCAAGACACUUCCACCUGUGUACUUCAGCAUUGACAAGACUCUGCUGUACAAUGCUUUUCACGGCGACUUUGGUCCGCUCCACAUCGGUCACCUGUACCGGUUCGCUGUACAGCUGCAUGAAGUGCUUGGCGACCCAGCGAACGAGGAGAGAGCAGUAGUGUUCUGGAGCAGCGCAGACUCAAGGAGCCGUGCCAAUGCCGCUUGCAUCCUUGCAUGCUACAUGGUCCUUAUUCAGUCGUGGCCUCCUCACCUAGCUCUUGCGCCCAUCGCACAGAUGGACCCGCCCUGCAUGCCUUUCCGCGACGCCGGAUACAGCCAGGCUGACUACGUCCUGAACAUUCAGGAUGUCAUCUAUGGCAUUUGGAAGGCAAAGGAGGAGGGUCUCUGUGGGCUCAAGGACUUCAGCCUUGAGGAGUACGAAAAGUACGAGCGCGUCGACAUGGGCGACUUCAACUGGGUUACACCUCAAUUUCUCGCAUUCGCUUCCCCCCAACAACAGCCUACCCACGAGAUUUCCAAAUCGUCGCCGGUGUACGCCACAAUUCCCUCCAACAUCGCCGAGGUCCAGAAGUCGAAUUUGCCCGGACCCUUCAAGAACGUCCUGUCGCACUUUUCCGCUCGCAAUAUUGGCCUCGUUGUCCGCCUGAACUCUGAACUGUACUCCUCUACCUACUUUGAGAAGCUGGGGAUCAAGCAUCUGAACAUGAUCUUCGAUGAUGGCACUUGCCCGCCUCUGUCUCUUGUCCGUCAAUUCAUUGACCUGGCGCACGAGAUGAUUACUGUUCGUAAGAAGGGUAUUGCUGUACACUGCAAGGCCGGCCUGGGACGCACUGGCUGCCUCAUUGGUGCCUACCUCAUCUACAAACACGCUUUUACUGCCAACGAAAUCAUAGCCUACAUGCGAUUCAUGCGCCCUGGUAUGGUCGUCGGUCCUCAGCAGCAUUGGCUCCACCUCAACCAGGCGACCUUCCGCGAAUGGUGGCAUGAGGACACCAUGAAGGCCAAGUAUGCAGAAAUGGUACCUUCCACUCCAACAGCAUCGCCGCGCAAACAGCGUCUGGCAAGCAACGGACAAACCUUCACACCACCGAAUGGAUCGCAGAGGCGCGCCGCCCUCGGAGAAAUUGAAUCAAAUGAACAGCGCAACGCCGGGCACUCAAAUAUUGGUGUUCAGGAGGACAACCUUCCCGCGCCGACACCAGGUCAGCCUCGAAAGACGAGCAAGCUUUAUGGCAACGGAAGUUCACGACAGUCUCCAUCACGAAUUGACGAGAAUGAGCCUUUCACGAGGUCAUCAGACCUGUCUCGAUACGAUGGCGAAUCUGAUGAGGAGUACCACCUGCGUCAGAUUGCGAGGAGGACAUCAUCUCGUUCGCCUGCUCGCACUCCGGGUGCAAAAGAGAAGACACGUCGUGCCUUCAGCACCACGUCUAUAAUUCACACGUCGGUAACGCACACGUCAUUCGGCUUUGGUGACGGUAGCGACACUGAAAACACCGCGCCGGCGACAAUCAGUGGCCGCCCCAAGACUCCAAAAGACAAGAGCGGCAGUGGCAACGGCAGCAUCAGCGUUGGCAAGAUCAGGUCGAGCCCACACCGAAGGAGUACUGAGGGUAAGACUAGUGUUCGCAAGACCAGCGGGAGGGUCGGCAGUGUCGGUAGCUCUGCCGUGCGCCCUAAGCCGUGA